AUGAUUAACCUACGCAAAACACAUCCCCUUAUAAAAAUCGUCAAUGAAGCAUUCAUCGACCUACCCACACCCUCCAAUAUCUCCGCCUGAUGAAAUUUUGGAUCACUAUUAGGAAUCUGCCUUAUCAUACAAAUCCUAACAGGCCUAUUCCUAGCCAUACAUUACACCUCCGAUACCCUAACAGCCUUCUCUUCAGUAGCCCAUAUCUGCCGAGAUGUGAAUCACGGCUGACUCAUCCGCAACCUCCACGCCAACGGAGCGUCUAUAUUCUUCAUAUGCCUAUACCUCCACAUUGGCCGAGGAAUCUAUUAUGGCUCCUACCUCUACAAAGAAACAUGAAACAUCGGAGUAUUUCUUCUACUCACAGUUAUAGCAACUGCUUUCGUUGGCUAUGUACUCCCAUGAGGACAAAUAUCCUUCUGAGGUGCAACCGUAAUUACCAACUUAUUAUCAGCCAUCCCUUACGUAGGCACCACCCUAGUAGAAUGAAUUUGAGGUGGAUUCUCCGUAGACAAAGCCACACUGACCCGAUUCUUCGCCUUCCAUUUUAUCCUACCCUUCAUUGUCACAGCACUAGCUAUCGUUCACCUACUAUUCCUUCAUGAAACAGGCUCAAACAACCCCUCAGGAAUUAACCCCGACGCAGACAAAAUUCCCUUCCACCCCUACUACACUACCAAAGACAUUAUAGGUGCAAUCCUAAUAAUCCUUGCCCUCCUACUACUUACCCUAUUCUCACCCGACAUGUUAGGAGACCCAGACAACUUCUCCCCUGCCAACCCCCUCAGCACACCACCCCACAUCAAACCAGAAUGAUAUUUCCUAUUCGCCUACGCUAUUCUCCGAUCAAUCCCAAAUAAACUGGGAGGAGUACUAGCCCUACUAGCAUCCAUCCUAAUCCUCCUAGUCAUCCCAUUCCUGCAUACAUCCAAACAGCGCAGUAUAAUAUUUCGACCCAUCUCCCAAACCCUCUUCUGAAUUUUAAUCGCAAACCUCCUCAUCCUAACCUGAAUCGGAGGACAACCUGUAGAACAACCUUACAUUAUCAUCGGACAAACUGCAUCCAUCACAUACUUCCUCCUAAUCCUCAUUCUAAUACCCGCAGCAGGACUAUUUGAAAACUACAUACUAAAACCUAAAUGAAGA